AAAAUUCGUUUUACAACGAUUCAAGAACGAACCGCAUGUGAUCUAUAAUUAAAUCAAGAAAGGAGAAGUGAAUAAUAUAUAGUAAUUUCGUCUAAACUAGUGCAAAUUUGUUUUACUAUUUCUCGAGAACUGAACGGAGAGAGGCGGCCUUAAUGGCCGAUGACUUGGAGGAAUUCAUCCAAGCUCAAAAAGCUAAAUUGGCUCAAGCUCGUAGAUCACACGGAAUCAAACAACCACAACAGGUUCAGUUCCAUCAGAGUGAAAAUGCUGGUCUUCGUGAAAUUGCGGUUCCUGGGACCAGUCAGAACACUGUUCAACCUAUAUCAUCAGUGAAAGAUUACACUGAGAGUGGUGUGAAUUUUGGUGACUACGAAAACAAAAAGCGUCUCUAUCAGGAGGAGAGAAAAGCCGAGACGAGGAGCUUCUUAGCUAAAGAUCGUCAGCGAAAACCAGUAGAUCGCAGCAAUAUUGCACCUGAGGCGGGCUUACAUAUCCGGGACACCCAAAGCGACAAAAAACAAAAGGAAAUCGAACGGAAUCGAGAGUACAAUCAGUUUUUGGCUGCCAACCCCAAAAACAACCCCAAGUCCAGAAAACCUGAGGAAACAGGUCCAGGCAAUCAGAACUCAUACUUCCCCGACCCGGAUAGAAACCACGAGAAUAAAUUGCGAAAUGAGAGAAAUCGAGAGUAUAACGAAUAUCUUCGACAGCGUGAUGAGCAAGAAAGAUUGAAGAAAAACCAACAACAACAAGGAUCUCAGCCCCAGCAAAGAUACCAACCCGCGCCCGUUGCCGCCCCUGUGCCUCCCGUAGCAAUGCCCAUUCCGGUCGCUUAUCCUGGAGCGGGGGGUGCGGCGUAUGCCUACUAUGGUCCGCCGGUUGCUGCUGCUGCAGCUGUUCCGGAUUACAAUGAAUUGUUGAGGCAGAAAAUGGAGCUAGAACAGAAAUACAGGCAGUCAAACGGUUUGCCCACUUCUCCUUCAGCUGCAUACUACAACCAACAAAAGUCGCCUCAGACGGGCGGGGACGGUGGGGGCUAUCAGCCGAGGAGUCAAGGUGCUCCGCGAAGGACAUUGCCACCGGUGGAUGACCUUGAAGCACGGAUGCAGACUUACGACUUUGAACUGGGCAAGCGGAAACAGAUUCUCAAGGACGACUCAUCAAACUCACACCAAUAUGCUCAAUCUCGAGCAGUCAUCAAUGAUCCAUCUAACAUGAUGGACCCUGGCAGGUACAUGGGUGGGGACACGUUUCUGGACGACCGACUCAUGUCUCAGUUCGGAAGGAGGGGAGAUGACCCGUCUCUCAGGCUCGACAACUUGCCCACGUCAUCGGCGCCCCAAAUGCAGCAACCCGCUCCUAAUCGCUUCGUUGGGGGGCAAGGAGGCUUCUCAGGUGGUGGAAUGGGGGGUCCGUUGACUGCCCCUGGAGGUCCCCCAGAUCCGAACAUGGAGAAAAGGCGAAAACAACAGGAGUACAAACAACAGCUAGAAGCACAGAUGAGCGCAUCUGCCAUGGCAAAGAGAAUAGAAAAAGAGAAAAAUCUUCAGAUCAAUCUAACAGGCGAGAAGAAUCCAUCAAAAUUUCCGAGUGAAUUCAUGCGCAAUGUGGGAGUGGCACGUGAUCCACAAGUGAACAUGGCUCGUCAUGCACAGUCAAUGCCUCCUCCGGCGUCCCAUGGACCUCUGCUGGACAAACCUCUUGACAUGUGGGCGACUGGUGUUUCCGGAGGCAUGGGAGGGUUGGGUCCGACCGCGUAUGACCCCAACUACCAAUACUACGCCACUGCAGACCCCCUUGAUCCCAUGAUGGUCCCAAACUCCCUCGGCGGAAUGGAUAUGUCCAAUAUGCACCAGCAGGUGAGCUCUGGGGGGAACAAUUACCAGGCGGACUUGCUGAAUCAGAUGAGAGAGAAACAGGAUAGACAGUACAGAAACAAAAUGGAACAGGAAAGGUGGGAACGCAAGAAAGAUGCCGAGGAACAGUACUUCCCCUUCGGAAAGGGAGGAGGAGGCGCACCCCUGAAGGACGCUGAUGGAAAAAUCAUAGCCGACUUACGCGAAUUGCAUCACAUAGCCGAGACGAGCAAACAGCCGAAUGUGAACCACAAUUACCAUGGCCAACUCACCGAAGUCACCUCGUCUCGUCCGAAUGACUUCGGCGGCGGAGUGUCGGCGCGAGACCCGACUGCACCACAGCAUGCGAGGGGAAGAGUGUUCAAUGAUGCACCUGUUUCCAAGCAGCAGUUCUCGCAGCAGGAGCAGUACAAGCUGGACUUGAAGAGGCAGAUAGAGGAGAGGAACCGGGUGAAGGAGGAGGAGCGGAAGCGACAGGCGGAUGAGGAUGCGCGGGAGGAGCAGAAGAUCAAAGCACAGAUGGCCCAGAUCCAGGCAGAGUACGACAAGGAGCAGGAGAAGAUCAGAAAGAAGGCCGAGGAGCAGCAAAAGAAGAACGAUGAGUUGCGUGUGGCGGCGGAGGAGAAGCGACUGGCAGUGGACCGGGCCAGGAAGGAGGAGGAGGAGAAGCAGGCUGACGAGAGGAGGAGAGAGAUGGAGAGGGAGUUGGAGGAACGCAGGAGACAACAGCAGCAGCAUGACAAACCGAAGUCCCCGCCUGUACCAGCGCAGCAGCAGCAGCAGCAGAAUACCGCCCCUCCCCCCUCCAACAGGGCCCCUCCCCCAACUGUGCAGCCAAAACCAGCUCCACCCACGGAGCCAGUGUCACCGGACAUGCCCCCCUCGCACCCUGUGAGGCUGACUAAAAACAAAACAAAUCCAGAACGAGAUGCGAGUCGUGCAGAAGUGAACCGACAACUUUCGGCUAUGCGGAAACAGCUGCUAAGUGAACAGAGGCGAAUCGAAAUGCAGAUCGACAACAAAAACGGUUUUAACGCCUGGGGCCAAACUGGCUCUUCGGUCGUGCAGUACCCCUUAGAUUUGACCUCGAUUGACGCCGAACUGUUCCGUCGCGAGCUGGAAACAGAAAAACACGAGAAGUCUAUGAAUACUGGAGGUCGCGAGUUUCCGAUAGUACAGUCUAGACCAGCGACUCAAUUGCCGCCGAUUAAUCCCGCAUACCGAACCGAAUCGACAUCAAGCAGCAUCGAAGAUAACACAAGUAAACCCCUUACCGAACCCUUAAGAGCCUCGACUUCAAAUGGACGUCCAAAAAACUCGAAUCACUCUUCCAGUAAUACGCCAGCGGCCCCUGUCACGCCUCUGCGCUCGACCACUCCCCGCCGCAGGGGAUCCGCGGGAAAACGGGGUCGGCUAUUCUCUCGAAGUAGCUCACUACCCCCGACUGCUGUUCCGGUGGACAGCGAGAUGAUGCCGCACAUUCUGGAAGAGUUUGAUUUGAGUCCCAAAACAACUAAGUCCACCACGUCUACAGGGGUAAACACAAUGCCGAUGACUUCAAACGGAACAGAAGGGGGGACAGCUCAGGCCCAACAAGUUUCAGAAACGAAGGAAUCGGAUAGACCUUCGGAGAGUGAGUUUCAAACGGACUUGCUGAAUCCGGAAGAUGUCAACCGGCCCGAUUCAGAAACCCUAACACCACCGGAUGAAAAUGAAGCAAAACCAGAAAGUUCCAAUGAAAAUAAAACCAAACCAGAAACUGCAAAUGAAAACAAAACUAAACCAGAAACUGCAAAUGAAAAUGAAAAUAAAAACGAAACGACAGAGAGUUCGACCGAAAAAGAGCCUCCGCCGCCCUAUAAACUAGAAGUAACCCAAACUUCAACUGAUAAUCUGAGUCGACAAGAAACAACCGAACAAGAAAAUCGUGCUGAUUUAAAUGAAAGUUCAACACAGUCGAGAGAAAAAGAGCGAAGUUUUCCAAAAGAGGAGUCUCAAACUGAAAUUGAUCAAAUAUUUUCUGGUGAAACUCAGCCGCAAAAUUCUGAAGAUCGAAACGCUUCCGCUACAAAUACAGUAGAGGAAAACACGAUUAUCAUUCGAGAAAAUUCCGAACAGAGAAAUUAUGUUGAAAAUGGAGACGAAAACCAAGAGUUGGAUGUAACAAGGUCUACCAUUCUUCCAAAUAUGGCAGAUGAUGCAACCACGAUUCCCGACGAUGACGUAAGUGAAGCACAGACUCUCGGCGACCAAUCAGAAAACAAUACUGACCGGUUAGAAAACGAUGAUGCGAACACAGCUAAUGCUUCGCUUGAAAGUCCAAACGCGUUUCAGAAUUACAGCUAUUCAAGUAUGAAUAUUAAAGAGCCGAAAAAGGGAGGAAUUCUAAAAAGGAACCAAUCAAACGAUGACCAGGAUGAAGCUAAUACUAGUCAAAACCAAGAAGUAAAAUUUGAACCUGAUUCUGAAGUUAAAGAUUUAGAAACUGACGUCUUUCAACCCGAAGGGGUAAAUCGAAACGACGCAAAUUUGAAUACUUCUCAAAUAAACGAUCCGAGUACUGUAAACGGAACCGAAAGUAUAGCUAUGGGCUAUUUAGCCGAAGCCCAGAGCGAAACAGAUGCUGCUAAACCUCCCGGACGUAAACGAAAAAGCGUGCGAUUCUUCGAAAUUAUUGAAGACGAUCCAGGUCGGCCAAUCGAGCUUCGAGACUUCGCGAUACCAAUCAAUAACAAAAUGCCGCCGAGGGUUAAAAGCAUUGCGGCCGAAUCAAAUAUGCAAGUUUUUGAAGAUUAUAAAGGCCAUGGACCGUAUCCAGAUUCAGCUCGUUUAGCCUACAUUCAUACUAAAUUAGAAGACGAAGAUUUUCGGCAAAAUUUAACGGUUCCUCAAAGUCAACGUGUGUUAUCUGGUCCAGACUCUUCGGCCAUGCGAUCAUCUCUGCUAAUUGAGAAGCCAGCUUGGACCGAAACGUCGAAAUCUCGAGAAGCCAAAAAUGAAGAGUCAGUGUCCAAAGACAAACCGUGGUUGGAUUCGUUCAGUAAAAAAGAAGUGCAAAAAAUUGAAGCGCAGUUUUCAGGCAAAGAUAUCGUGCGAGAACGACCUUCGAAGCCACAGGGCGAGAUGAUUCUAACUGAGCCCGCGAAAGUGAGGAGGCCAGCACAAGCGGAGUCCUGGAAGCCCAUCUUCAAGGACGAGCCAAAUGAGGCUGCCCUGGACUUGUUCAUGCACUCCAAAUACGACCCUUUGACUCGUUCUCGGGACAACUUCAGACAGGAGUUCCCGAAUGCACCCCAGUCGAGUGACAUGUUAGAAGUGCAGCAGAGGGAGCUCAUCCGACAACAGGAGAGAGAACUGCUCAAACUCAGACAAGGUCUUCGCCAGUCGGAGUUGGAUGUGAUGAUGGGGCGACUGAGUCUUCUGAGAGACAGUCCAGACUACCACGUCUCCAACCUCCUCGUCGCAGACACUGCAUUCAUCGGUAUGAAUGGGGAGACGUUAGUCCCCACACCUCCGUUAAUCACCAAAAUGGAGCGGAUGAGAGACCGAAGGAAAAAAGAGGCAGAGAAGCCCUCAACUCCCCCGACCAACAUAGCGAACGAACCCAAACUCAAGGACCUCUUACCUUCUCCCCCGAGCAGCGCGGGCGGACUUACUAACCACCACAGAAAUAGAUCAGCUAACACCACCAAUAACACCCUACUUGUUUCUCCCGAUGUUGAUGAUGUCACUUUACCCUUCGAGCCUUUUCAGGCAGAGAAGAGUUUCUCCAAAGACGACUACAUGAACAAACAGUUGCCCAAUCCUGACUCGCUGUCUUUGGGUUCCAACUUCAGCUUCGACGUUGACGCAGUGGCGAGGAAAAACAAGGAGCGCCUCAAGAAACUAGACAACUCCAGAGAAGAUGAUGACCUAUCAAUCACUGACCCUGACGAAGUACUGCGCAAGUUUGUAGAUCACGAUCUCAAUCCCAAGAACAUCAGGCCAAUUUCAAGAAUGACUAAUGACACGGAGCCUGAUUGGUUAAGACCUACCAACUGACACGCAACGUGAUAGGUUGAGGUGUCUAAAAUCAACCGAAGCAGGAUCCUGGGGGAUCAAGGAGGAUUGUCCGAAACUUGCCCCCCCCCCCCAAUUUAGAAGUCAAAAAGGAGAAAUCAAUAGAACUAUAGCGAGAUAAUCCAUUGAUAUCAAUUCGUCCCGAAUAUUUUUUGGUCUGAAGAAAUCGCUUGUAAAUAAUUUAAAACUGCAAAUUGUAUAUUGUAAAUUUUUUCCGGCUCUUAUGCCAAUUAUAUUGUUCUCGUUUUGCUCAAUAUGUUUCAGUUUAAUCUCUAAUCACCUACAAA